ACGCUCUUGACCCUCGACCCCGGGGCUGGCGGCCAGACCCGAGCAAUCGGCGGCCGAGCUCCAAGCGGGGUGGUGGCCAGGGCGCAGGCGGAUCUCCUCCGACCCGAGAUCUCUGUGCUUGGGUCCACUCUCCAUGCGGUCUGCCACUGCCUAGCGUGCACGCACGACCCCUUCCCCCGGGGCCUCCAGCCUUUGUCAGGGGCGCUAAUUCUUUCUUCGCCAGGGAUGUCUCCAGGCCUUUCUUCCGGGCUCUCCAAUUCCUUGUUCCCCAAGGGUCUCCCAGUACCCUGAGGUGUUGAAACUAUUUGGUACUCAUUGUACUUGUGCCUCCUGAAAAGCCCUGCAGUGCUAACCCUCCAUUUCCCUGCCCAGCCUCCGCCUAGGAAAGGAAGGAGAGCUUUACUUUAACCUGCUAGAUCAAGGUGCCUGUGAUUUCACUCAUGGGGAGUAAGUUGAAGAGAGAGGCAUUCACUCCCUGGGCAAAGAAGCCCUUCUGAAGAUUCAUCGGACGAAAACCAGUGGUGUGCAGCAUCCAGCAGAGAGGAGAGAAAGUAACUGGUCAGCUCCUUCUGGGACUCCUGCCCACUUCCAUAGAAGUGGGAAGGAAUCACAUCUGCAGACUUUCCAUCUAGUCUGAUAAAAAGCAGGGACUGCUGACCCAGUCUUGGAAAUUAUCUCGUCUCCGUAGACUUCAUGGUACAGGGAGUCAAAGCUAAGAAACCAGCACACAAGUCACGCUGACUUCUUUCUGGGUCUUUUCUUUGCAUUUUGUAGGUGCUUGCACUGGUUGAAGACUCACUCAGCCUGUCUGGUGCAGAUACAGUCAGACAGAAAGAAAGUGAAAGAAGCACAUCACCGAGGAAGUUUCAACCUGGAGGGCACAUGGCAAAACAGAGAAAGACGACGCUAUUUGACCAGCCGUAGAAAUGUUUUAUUUUUAAAUCUUUUCCCUUGGAAAAAGACAUUUGGUUUUCUUGUUUUUUACUUUUUUCCCUUAUAUUUGAUAGGAGAGAGGGAGAUAGAGAGGGAGAGAAACAGAUACACACCUGCAGACCUGCUUCACCAUUCAUGAAGAUUCCCCCCUGCAGGUGGGGAGCAAAGGCUCUGAACCAGGAAGAAGUGCCUGAACAGGAGGUGUUUUGUAUAUGAGUUCAACAAAAAAUAGUGAAAUGUCCAGUUCCUCGCUCUUUAAGAAGCGAUUUGUUCAUUUAGACCUGAAAGGAGCCCCACCAAAGGUCUCAUACCUUUCAGAGGUUUUUCCUCUGUUCCAUGCACUGGGUGCAAAUGGCCUCCUCGUUGAGUAUGAAGAUAUGUUUCCCUAUGAGGGCCAACUUCAGCUUCUGAGGGCCAAGCACGCAUACAGCCCCUCAGAAAUCAACGAGAUCCUGCAUCUGGCUGCACAGCACGGGCUGGAGGUCGUGCCCUUGGUGCAGACAUUCGGACACAUGGAAUUCGUGCUGAAGCACCAGGCUCUCGCUCACCUACGGGAAGUGGCAGUGUUCCCCAACACUCUGAACCCUCAUGAGGCCGAGUCCUUGGCUCUGGUGGGCACCAUGGUGGACCAGGUCCUGAAACUGCAUCCAGGCUCCCGGUGGUUCCACAUGGGCUGUGAUGAGGUCUAUUACCUUGGGGAGGGGGAGGCCUCGAGACAGUGGCUGCAGCAGGAACACAACACCAAAGCCAAGCUGUGCCUGUCCCACAUGAAGGCGGUGGCCAGCUAUGUGCGGGGCCGGUACCCCACCACGACACCCUUGGUGUGGGAUGACAUGCUGCGGGACAUCCCUGAGGACCAGCUCUCGGUGUCAGGGGUGCCACAGCUGGUGGAGCCCGUGCUCUGGGACUACAGGGCCAAUCUGGACGUCCAGGCCAAGGCCCUCCUCAUGGAAAAGUACCGCAAGUGUGGGUUUCCUCAACUCUGGGCUGCCAGUGCCUUCAAGGGCUCCACAGGAGUAAGCCAGGCACUGACGCCCAUCGAGCAUCACCUCAGAAACCACCUGCAGUGGCUCCAGGUGGCGGCCAGCACCCCAGCAGACAGCCUGCAGGGCAUUGUCCUGACUGGCUGGCAGAGAUACGACCACCUCUCCGUCUUGUGUGAGCUGCUACCAGUGGGAAUCCCAUCUCUGGCCGUCUGCCUACAGUCACUCCUGUACGGAGGUUUUGCCGAAGACAUUAAAGCCAGAGUGGAGAACUUUCUUGGGAUUCCGAGCCUAGAUGUGACAAAUUUUACAAGCGAGGGAGCUGCCUCAUUCCCUGGAAGUGACAUCCUGGCCCUCAUCACGCAAGUCAGCUUUCAUCUGCGCAGCUCUGUGGACGCACUGCUGGAGAGGGACAGAUACGUGACGGGCUGGUUCAGCCCCUACCAUCGUAGGCGGAAGCUUGUCCACCCGGUCAUGCUCCAGCACAUCCAGCCCCAGGCACUCAGCCUGCUGGCCAGGUGGGACACACUGGUGAGGGAGCUGGAGGCUGCACUGCAGCGUGUCUUCUACCCAGAUGCCGUGGAGGAGUGGCUGGAAGAGAACGUGCAGCCUAGCUUGCGUCGGCUACAGGACCUGCUGCAAGACCUCCAUGAGGCCACCAGCCCCACAGAUGGGGCCCAGGGGCCCUGAGAGGAUUCAGUGGGGCUGGGCUGCAGUAGGCCUUCUCCCCAGCUUGGCACCAUGCCUGCACAAGCACUGCAAAUGUUACUUGCAGGGAAAAAAGCAGAACAUAUCAAAGGAAAAAGGCAUAUCAGGACCUAUUUAGCAGUCUGCAUGUAGAACUGUAAUUGAAUCUGUGCAAAUAAAAAAAGAGAAAGAAAACAGGA